CGGCCUAGGACCCAGGCCGCGGCUGUCCUCAGCAUUGCCUGAGCGCACAGCCAGUUAAUCCUUUCGGUUCACCGUCUCUCCUUGACGGUGGGGCAGCGGGAAACGGAGGGCUAACGGAGAAAAGUUAUUAAAAUACCUGGAGCCAGACACAAAGGUUAUUGACUGAUCACCGACUCUCUGACCUUGUUAUGAAUUGCCUGCAACCUGAAAGGAUCUUCAGCUGAAACGAGAUGGCUUACAUUCCAAGGAAGUGUGGAGUUAAAUUCAAACCACCUGCUAUUGUUUUAAUCUAUGAAGAUGAAAAUACUAAAAAAACUCGACAGAGGCUAAUACCGGUUCGAAACUUCUCCAAAUUUUCAGAUUGUGGCCAAGCUGCAGAACAGAUGAAGAAUAACCCUCGGCACCAAGUGUAUUUGGAUAGAGUGUCACAGCAGCAGCUACAGAAAUUGUAUCAGCUCCUGAGGGAUAGCCUGAAUGGCCUGAGUCUUGACCAAAGCCUGGAGACCUUCCUGAGGGAAAACUCCAUCAACCCAGAGGAGGACCUCAACAAACUUGAUGACAAUGAGUUGGCAAAAAAGAAAAAAAUCAUGGAUGAACUGUUCGAAAAGAACCGGAGAAAACCUAGUGACCCAAAGUUUGUUUAUGAUCUGGAAGUUGAUUUCCCUGAGGAUGAGCAGAUUGAGUCAUGUGGCUGGGAUGACGAAGAUCAAGAUGGAGAGUUCUAACUGUGCUUUAUUUUCGGAACAGUCUGUGUGCACCUGUGAGUUCAGAAGAAUAACCUAGUGGUCAGCUGCCCUUAGCUAACCAAUCUAUUAUUGUAAUUACAAAUGGCCAAAAUGACAACUGCAACACACAUGGAAUUUUAUUGAAACUGAUUAAAGGGCAUAGGAACACGAUGUUAUUACUUCACAGUAAGCUGCAGAUACUAAAUAGAAAACUUUGGAAAUCACUUUUGUACUGAUUAAUAUUAAGAUGUGGAAGGUAAAACAUUAUGGCCAUUGUACCCAAUCACCAAACAAUUUGAGUCCCGAAAUGUCAAAAUGAUUAUCCAUAAAUGCAGGAUCAAAUUCUUCGCUGUUCUACCAACCUGCCAGUUACUGGAAGAUUUAUUAUGGGGACUUUAUUUUAUUGGCAACUUUUAUCAUGUUUUCAGAACUGAAAUAUUUGCUUGCACUCAAUUCGUGUGAAUUUCAGUGUAAUAGUGUUGUAGAUUUUCAUCCUCACUGCCGAGAUAAUAAAUUGGUGAAAUGGAUCAUAUCCAUAUUAUAGUACUGCUCAUUACGAUUCAGGUGAAGACAAAAUAAAACUUCUAUUGAUUAUUUGGA